AUGCCCGGUGACGCUACCAUCCUCGAAGGGCCAGUAACCCCAGCCCCCUUGUUUGCCUAUCGCGCCCUCCGCAGCAUCUUCUUUGCUACGCCCGACUCGUCUCCGGACUAUCACAACAAAGAAAAUAUGGUACCAAUAUAUGCACACUCACCGACAAAGUCCAAAAUGAUUCUGGCGGAUGCUCCUCGAGUCACUCCGCCACAAAAGCGCAAGAGGGACGGCAGCAAUGGAGAUGCCAUUCUCUCUCCCACGAAGGGCAUUCUCAGGACGCCGGGCCUCGCGACACCAAGAGCAAAGUACUUGAAGGACAUCAACGUCAAGUUCAAAAGUGUCAGCCCGGAGAUUCGGCGAUCAGAGUCUGUCGUGGGUGCUAACAGCACUUCCAAUGCCGGAUUCGACGGUACGACACGAGCAGUCCGCCCCUCGAGGUCCGCAUGCGUCCCUCCAUCGUCCUCCCAACCAGGAACAUCCAAUGCGGCGCAGGAAGAACCAGUCGAGAAUGCGGGGCAACUAUCUGCAGGCAAGACGGCAGUGACAUGCCCGCCAUGCGGGCCCUUCCCCGGCGCUCUCGAAUCCUACAUGGCCCAAACGGAAAAGGAAAUGAAGCGGCUAAUCCGCUACGGGAAGAAGAUGCGGGAAUACGCCCUCAAGAAGGAUGCCGAGAACCAAGAGCUGAAGACCAUGAUCGAGGAACUCAGACAACAAAACGAGCGGCUCAAGAGCGAUAAAUCCAACCCUUCACAUGCUGCGAAAGACCUACGCGUCGAACUUAGCCACGACCAGGAGGGUGAAAAUGAGGCAGCGGCGCGGAAACAGGCACAGACGCAGACCAGGACAAGCAAAGCCGAGAAUUCGAUAACAAGGGAGAUAUCCCCAGCAUUGAGGACCAAAAACCGCGGCCACGUCCGCGAGGAAGUCGAUAGAGUCGAGACAACCGUGCGGGUACAGGCCAUGAAGAACUCCCCAGCUCGGGGAAGGAGCCCGUCCCUCGCGCUGAAGCCCGUGCCAAGCGCCUCACAAACAACAUUGGACGUGCGCCGAAGGUGCUCCUCGCCCGCCCGAAUCGUGACCUCUGUCAAGCCAUCCGACGGUGCUGCUCCUCAAAAAGCCGGUCCUACGGCAUCGUCCGUUCCCGCAUACACUACGAGCGCUGGUCCCUCUAAUAGCGGAACCUCAAGGCUUGCUCCUGACCGAGCUGCCGCCGCUCGCGAGAGACUUCGAAAACGCGCCGAAGCGAGGAAAGCGAGCGCCGACGCCGAUCCUCUUCCGGGUAUGGAACACGCGACGGACGCUCGUGCGGCCAAGGAUCCCGUACCUCAGCAGAAGCUACCCCUCGGGACCGCGAAAGAGAAAGAGCCAAUGGCCGGGACCGACGAACCGAGCUUCGACUGGGCGAACCUUGACGUGUGA